AUGGGGCCCUUUUUGUGCCUGUUCUGUCUCCUGGCCCCUGUGUUAGAAGCGGUAAAGUUCAACUCGAGCAACUUCGAGGUUUGUCCAUUCACUUGCUCUCUUUCCUCUGAGAAAGAGCUUCUUUGUACAACGGUUUCGAACGAAUUUUUUAAAUCAACAGUUGUCUGCCACAGGGACUCGCUGAAUGACAGAUUUGUCAUCGGGAAUCGCAGCAGCAUUCGACGAGUUUUCCCUUCGGGGUUGAAAGAGCUUAGUAAAUUUGGUUCAGAGGGAACCUUGAAUAUCUUCCUGAAUAUGAACAUACUUGAACUGACCGUGACGUCAUUUGCUGGACUAGAAAAUUUACUAAUUAACCUACAGGUCCUCCAUGUAACAACCCUCCAUCCAAACACUUUUUUAAAUCAUCGACGAUUUGGCUCUCUCAUAUUUGACGGGGAUCGCGUGCCUAAAUUACCAGAUGACGUCAAGGAGAAAAAAGACGUUCCUGCGUUCCUGCGUUUACGACCAGAAGAUCCUACAAUGCCGAUAGAAGUAAACAUAGAGGCUAGGUGCCACAAAUGUGCCAACGAUGAACCCCUUCAAGACCUCGUCAUACUCACAUUCCCUUUACAAGACUCUCCCAAUUCUGGUGGUAAAAUCGAUGCUCUCACCAUUUUCUACAUGGAUAGCUGUCCCACCUUGAGCGGUGGCCUCGGAUGUCCCAAAAAUGGUUCCGACAAUGAGUUUAUAGUCAACGCAAGUGCAAUGACUGGAUGGAAUAUCACGGUGGAAGAGCCCACAAUUGUGACCACCGGAGGCCUGGUAAAAUUGACAACUGGAAGUGGACGUAUGAAACCCUUGAUGUUGUCUGUGGUCAUCUGGUGCACUGUACUGACUGUGCUAUUGAUUUGCUUGGUUGCGUUUAUGAUAAUUCGAAGACGCCUCAGGACGAAGAAGGAGAAAAUGGAACGACAGCUCGCUUUACAACACCGAUAUUCUCCAGCUUCAUUGAAGCAUAUUGUGUGUGGUACCGCUUCGUGUGAAGAAUUACACAGAAACUCCCUGAGUAAUGGAGGGACUUGGGCUUACGGCACGCCUUCGCAAGAUUCCUGUUCCAAUCUGCUGAGUGAAACGCGCAGCCAGUAUUCAUUCCGUCCGCCCUACCAGACCUUGGGAUACUCCCACCCCCGAGGGGGCGUGUAUGCGCGGGAAUACGAUCGUGGAUACCGCUCAUCGAUACCUGAUUACCUGAACAUGAUUCCUCGCCAGAAGUCCUCAUUGGGAAAUGGAGAUGCUUACCCCGUGAACGGAGACCCUAAUCUUCCGCCUUUACCCCCGGGCGUUGGAUUCAGGGUACCGAACACUCCGACUUAUAAGAGAUCUCAUGAUGGUACCUUCCGGAUGCAGUAA